GGGCAGCGGGUGUCCAUCUCUGCGUUGUUUCCGCUCUCACCAUAGCACAUUCUAGCGGGGGAAUAAAAUUGAAUUAUAAUGUAAAGAGUUCAAAUUCAAAAUCCAGCAUCCUCCCUCCGUCGAACGGCCGUGCUCGUCCGUGAUUAGUUUGCCUCCCGACAGCCAUUUUAAGCGGUUAUCGAAAGGAGAGGCAGAACGAAGAAGCAUGGCCUUAUUCGCAGCAACCGAGCUCGGCCAUCUCAUUCCACUGCCUUCGGUGGCACCAAGGAACCCUCGAUCUACUCUUUUUCUCUGCUGCCAUUCUCCCGAGAGUUCCCUCAUCUCGUUCUCGUCUUCUACUCGAGCUCCUUCCGCCACAGCGGGCUGUACUAGGAACGGCCGACCGCGGUGCUUAACUACGAUGGCCGCCCAGAACUUGGCAGGAUCUUUGUCCGGAGCUGAAAGGCUGCACCUUGGAGUGCAAAAUAUAGCGGAGGGAGUUGAUGCAUCACAAACAGCUUGUAACCAACAAACCUCCCCAAGUACUGGAAGUCAACAAACUUGCAAAAAAUUUAAAUGGAACCUGGAAAUGUCCAAGUUUCUUCUAAGAUUCCUAGUUGAUCAGGUAGCAAUUGGCAUGAAAGUAGGCAUGUCAUUCAAGAGAAGUGCUUUGGUAGCUGCUGCAGAAUCUGUAUCUCAAAAGUUUAAAAUAAAAUGUGAUGAAACCGAUGUGGAAAAAAGAUUGAGAACUUUGAGGACCCAGUGGAACAAAAUACAAAAGCUGAAAUGUCUAAGUGGAGCCAGUUGGGAUCCUGUUGCCAAGAUGAUUAGUUUGGGAACUGGUGGUUACCAAGAUUAUGUGCAGGCUCAUCCUAGGGAUGCUUGGUUGCUGAAUAAUUCUAUAGAUUACUAUGACGAGCUAGCUAUCAUAUGUGCUGACGAUCAAGCCAUUGGGAAGUUCAUUGAAGAUGGAAAUCAAUAUAUUGGCUCUAUUGAUAGAGAAAUUGAGGAACAACAUCAGAAGAAUAUGCAGUGGCCAGAUGAUAUUGAAGAGGUUGCGAAGGCUUCAAACAGUCAGGUUAGAGGUCUAUGUCAGCAAGAGCCAGCCGUUUCUACACCCGCUGCAUCUCCCAAUUCAUCGCCUGAGUCACGUAGGAGGGCCACAUCCUCAAGGACCAAGAGGCAACAGGCUGCAAAUGUUGACAUCCAGAGCUUGGUUAUGAAGAUAGGAGAGUUAAUAGAUGUGAUAAAGACAUUAAAACCUAGAAAUUACAGUGAGGAUAUAUGGGAAGCAAUAAAAGCAUGUGGUUACAAUGAACGGCUGUCGGUAACAGCCCUUGAAUACUUAUUAAAGAAUGAGAUUGAGGGAAAGAUCUUUCUAGUCCGUAGUCCAGAAUCGCGCAAGGAGUGGUUAUCUAAAUUCUUCUCUAGUUUUCUAUGACCUUUUGACUGGUUUUAUUGUGCUCUUGAUUUCCUUUUAAUUUUUCCCCUCUUGUAUUCAGUUGCAAACUGCAAUUUUGUCAUCUUGCUCUUUGACGUUAACUUGAUCAUUAAAAGGUUAUGGUAGUUAUCGGGAGACUUGAUGUAUGUUCUGAUUUAUUAACCUUUACUGUACGUCAUUCUCUAUUUGCUUUGUAAUAUAUCGCUACAUAUGGCUGCAUGGAAUGUAAUGCUGACCCAGAGUUUUAUAUUAAUCUCAAACUGGAAUCAGAAAAAUGAUGAUGGUA